AUGGUCACUUUGACCUUUGGCAUUCUCAAGACUUUUUUCGACUUAUCCUGUCCGGAGGCUCGCAUCCCGCACACCCUGCUGUCCGAUAACGCCUACCUGUUCAAUCAAGCUCAAGGAUCCUUCAACGCAUACUAUGAGUUAGUAGGAGAUUGGGUAUUCACAUAUAAAGGGAGCAAGUGUGCCCUCAACCCAGACGGGUCUCUAAAGGACGCCAAAGACAUUGUUUUUUACAACGAUCCUGAUGAUGCCGUCCCCAUUUCCGCUCCAUCCUCCUCUGCCCAGCCACCCACAGACGCCUUCUCUGUGCUACUGCAGACUGGACACAAACCAGUGCCACUUACUGCAGGUGCUCGACGCUCCAUUCGCACCUCUAAACCUUCUGCUCGCCUUCGUGAUUCUGACAACGCUUGUUCUUCAACAAGCCGCAAGCGCGCAUUAUCUAGUGCAACCGAGCAACUAGUUAGGAAGAAGGUUGUGUUACAGCUCUCCGCUCCAUUAUCUGAUGACGACACGGAUAUUGAUACUGACCAUGGUGCUGGUCAAUCAGAUGAGGCCGAGGACGAAGAUGUACCAGCACCUGAGGACGAACCUGAGGACGAACCCGAGGAUCUUCAAGACACCACCAUCCGAGCCGCUUUAUCAAAGAGUGAGCGCAGCGCUGAUAUUCGAACAAUCUUCACUCGCGACGACAAACAUUCUCUCUUCGAUGACUAUUAUACACCGCCGAGUCGAACACCUACUACCAAUGAGCAAUCCGCUCCGCCGACGAGAGCUGCCAGUGUACGCAAGCACUAUGGUGACGAUUGGAUGUGUGAGGCUAUUAGGACGCGUAAGACAUCAGACCACCUUACUCACAAUCCUCGUCAAGAGCUCAACAUGUACUUGUCUUCGCCACUAGAGGAGACUGAUGACAUUGUGGCCUGGUGGGGGCUUCACUCGCUGCAAUACCCUACACUCGCGCGCAUCGCGCGAGACUAUCUACCCAUUCAAGGCAGCUCCGUUCCUUCCGAACAAGCAUUCUCAAGCGGAGGAAUCACUUCGACUAUCCGACGCAAUGCACUCGUGACUGACACGUUCACUGCACUACAACUACUGAAGGGAGCAUAUAGGAAUGGGCAUCUUUCUGCAGGAGUAGAGGCUGAGGGACAUGCGGCUUCAUUGGACAUUUGUUCUCAACCACAUCCAACAGCUCUGACAGCUCCGCCAUCUUCAGUGCAUCUUGCUCACACAACAUUGAACUUGUCACUCGCAUGGACGCCCGAUGGCACACGCCUUCUCACCUGUGGCGAUAGGGAAGAUCCUACUAUACACGAAUGGGAUACAACAACCUGGAAGCAGGUCGGUGAUCCCUGGACAGGCCACAUUAAUCGUAUCAAUUCCAUUGUCAUUCAUCCUGCUGGCAAACUCGUCGCCUCCGCAUCUAGUGACAACCAUGUUCGUUUCUGGCAGCUCUCAGAUCGACGAACCAUUGCCAUCUUCGAGCACUCAUUCGACACGUUAUGCACUAUUGCCGCAACAACAGCCUGCGAUGCAUGCAUAGAUGGUGAUUUAUCUACUGACGAAGAAUUACUCAUGCAAGAUAUCAAUACCGAUGCGAACAACCAUAUUCCCUACAUCCUAGCCAUCACGACCUCCCAUAUUGCUUGUGUAAAUGGAGACUUAUCUACCGCCGAAGGACUACUCACUCAAGAUAUCAACACCAGUCUGAACGACCAUACUUUCUACGCCCAUUGGUCAUUCGUCAUGGCGCGAAAAUGCGACUGGGACCGUGCCCUCCUGGACGCAAUCAAGUCCAUCAGGAUUCAGCCCUCAUUGAUGGGCUAUAUCUCCAAGGGUAUUGCCCUCUGUGGAAAAGGCUGCAUCCUGGAUGCGAGGGCAGCAUUUGAUGUUGCAUCCAUGUACAUGGACCAGGAUUCAGAAAUUGUUCAUUUUCUGCUAUUGAUCAAGGCCAUCACGCUCUUUCAACACGGCAGCCGUCGCCAGCACAUCCCUUGA